CGUUGCGCGAUUAUAUCAAAUUCCUACGAUACUAGACUACGUACUAAUUUUAAAUAAAAUUAAAUAUGUAUUUAGUCCUGUGUUGGUGAAACUUUAGUGCUAAGUGAUAUAUGGAAUGGAUGUUUGAAAUGUCACAAAAAGAUGCGGAGGGUAAAAUCACUGUGCUGUUUAGUCCAAUAGAUGGAAACAAAACAAUGAUAACAUGAUGAAAUAUGUACCAAAACGGACGCAACCACGAGCGAACUAGGACUGGCUCGAGCAUGUGUGAUAACUUCAACAGGGAAAAUGGAAAAAGAUACAAAAAUACCGCCCAAAAAGUAGUUUGUUUCAAUUUGUAUUUCGUUUUGUUUGUGAUGUGUUUAUCGGUUGAAUAUGUGAACUCGAACACGGCAAAUAUGAAUAGACAUUUUAGUGAAAGUGCCAAAGAUAGUGAUCGUGACGAUAAUGAUGACAAUCACGACGAUGAUUACAAAGAGCACGAGCACAGUGAUAACGUAGAUUAUGCUAAAGUCAAUUUCGAACACGACCCGUAUUACAAUAGUGAAACUUUUGUACAUAACAACAAAUUUUACAACCCCGAAAACAGUGCUUACAGCAACUAUGAGGAUUACAAAAAGUUCUACUUGAACCCAUCGAAUCCGGUCCCGAAAUCUAAUGUGAAAUUUAAAAUAAGCAGCAGAAUAGUCCAAACUAAAUAUGGGAAAUUACAGGGCAUUGUAUUGUCUAUGGACGAGCAUAGAUAUUUGAGUCCUCUUGAAGUUUUCCUUGGUGUACCUUACGCGACGCCUCCGGUCGGAUCAAAUAGAUUUAGUCCAACAAGAACCCCGUCUCCGUGGGAUGGGGUUCGCGUGUCCGACAGACCGGGGCCGGCGUGUCCCCAGAAGUUACCAGACCUAGAUGAUGAAAGGACCAUUUUAGACAAAAUGCCCAAAGGCAGACUAGAGUAUUUGAAAAGACUGAUGCCUUAUCUUAAGAAUCAAAGUGAAGAUUGUUUGUAUUUGAAUAUAUUCGCGCCCUUGCAGAUGGACGAGACUAAGCUAGCGCUGCCAGUGUUAGUAUACAUCCAUGGAGAGAGCUACUCAUACAGUUCAAGUACACCUUAUGAUGGCGCUGUUCUAGCAAGCUAUACGGAUCUUAUUGUCGUUACUCUGAAUUUCCGACUUGGGGUUUUAGGCUUCCUAAACGCGAAUCCAGCUCCACAAUUAAAGGCGCGCGUGGCUAACUACGGCCUGAUGGAUCAAAUUGCAGCAUUGCAUUGGGUGCAACAAAACAUUGCGCUGUUUGGAGGCGACCCAACUAACAUCACGCUAAUGGGACACGGCUCGGGUGCCGCUUGCAUCAACUUCCUCAUGAUUUCACCAACAGUUAUGCCUGGUCUAUUCCACAGAUCGAUAUUGUUAUCAGGCUCAGCGUUAAGUUCCUGGGCGAUAGUUGAUGAUCCCGUGUACUAUUCAAUAAAACUAGCAAAACACAUGAAUUGCAACAUCCCAGACGACCUAUCCAAAGACCAUGAAGUUAUCGUCGACUGCCUUCGCGAAGCGCCCAUUGAAGAUUUAUUAUCAGCCGACAUAUCUCCGCCUAACUUUUUAACGGCAUUUGGGCCUUCUGUCGACGGUGUUGUUAUAAAAACGGAUUUCGCAAAGGAUUUUCUAACUUUAUAUUCAACUGGGGAUUUCCCGAGUUUCGGGCCGCUAAAUAAUAUGAAUUUGAAUGUGAACGUGCAUAAGAAGAGAAGUGAUAGCGGGAGGAGGUUGUUUCAGAAUAAGUAUGAUUUGCUGUUCGGAGUGGUGACGAAUGAAGCCUUGUGGAAAUUUUCGGGUCACGACGUGCAGAAUGGCAUUGAGCCGGACAAACGGGACAGAAUGCUAAGAACGUACGUGCGAAAUUCCUAUACGUAUCAUUUGAGUGAGAUAUUCUACACAAUUAUCAACGAAUACACCGACUGGGAAAGAACGGUAGAGAACCCGAUAAACACUCGAGACGCGACCGUGGCCGCGUUGUCUGACGCGCAGUAUGUCGCACCCUUAGUCCAGAGCGGGGAUCUGUUGAGCGGUGGACCUAAACCUGCCUUGAGCGACGAGGAAGGACCUGGAAGGCCAACUAAAACAUUUUUCUACGUGUUUGAUUACCAGACUAAAGACGGUUUCUAUCCACAAAGAAUAGGCGCUGUGCACGGAGAAGAACUGCCUUAUGUGUUCGGAGUUCCAUUAGUCGAUGGGUUUGGUCACUUUCCCCAGAACUACACGAAGUCUGAAGUGGCGCUGUCUGAAUGUAUGAUGCUUUUUGUGGCCAAUUUUGCCAGAUCUGGGAAUCCAAACGAUAAUACGAGGCAAGAAGUAUUACUACCAGCAUCAAGGGAGAGAAACAAAUUCAGAGGAACAGUUUGGGAAGAAUACGACUCCACGCACCAGAAGUAUUUGGAAAUUGGUAUGAAACCGAAGCUCAAGAAUCACUAUCGAGCGCACCAACUGUCCGUCUGGUUGCGCUUAGUUCCUGAACUCCACCGCGCCGGGAUGGAAGACGUUACGGCCAGACACAACCUCUUCAAAAACCACAACGAGCAAGAUCUAUAUGAAGGCAUCGUGAGACCUGAUCCACUAGCAAGAACUGGGAACGAAAACGAACAAAUCAGACGUAAUGGAACCGUAUAUACUGACACCGCUUUGACAACGGUCGAUACUAUCUUAGCCACUUGCGCUACUAUCCUGCCAAAUGGAAGAGACCUCCAAACAGUUAAUGCCACAGAUAACACUUUAGCUAAUCUCGAAGCCGCCGGCUAUGCCGCGUAUUCAACAGCUCUAAGCGUUACAAUUGCAAUCGGCUGUUCAUUACUUAUACUGAACGUCUUGAUAUUCGCCGGUGUGUAUUAUCAAAGAGACAAAUCUAGGUCAAGAUCGAAACAGACGCGUUUUAAUGAGAAGCAUUUCGAAACGAUAUCGGGCAAGCACUCACAUUAUCACAUGGACCCGACCCAUGCUCCGAGUUUGGUUGUGGACGUGGAACGACACAAUCGCAAGAAGCAAAUGAUGUCGGAACCGCAUUUGUCGGGAUUGAAUUUCAAAGGGCCAUUAAACGUGCCGAAGUCCCCGCCGAGCCCGUCGAUUAGUAUAGAUAAUAUGAUGCUGCCGAGUAAGCUAGGUAGUCGGAACAGCAGUUUUAGAUUACCAAAUGUGAGCUAUCCUCAAGUGGGAGGGUAUGCGACUAUGCCGAAGAAUUUGAACCAGUUUAAUAACUCGCCGCCCUUGCAAGAGUUGCGGCAGCAGAAAUUCCAGCCACCGAACGGUUCUGCGGCGCAAUCCUCCCCUAGGGAGGGGGAAGGAGCGAGGGGAAUGCCCCAUGCUACCCUCAGAAGGGGGAAGCCUCCCCCCAGCCUUCCACAAGCAGCCAUUGACGAGAUGAGAGUGUGACAGUUAAUUCCAUUUGACUUUACAUUACAGGAUUAAAAGGUGUUUCUGAGUCUUUUUAAAGUGUAAUUCGUGUAAUUCAAAGUGUAAAUAGGUGUAUGGGGAUGUUGAACGUUCUUUUUUUUAGAAAAAUAAUAAAAAUGUUAUCGAUUUUCUCAGUCACAAGAAUAUGAUUAUAAUGAAUAAAAUCAUAUGUAUCAUAAA